AUGCCGCCCAAGGAAGAAAAAAUCCUCGCGGAUAAGGUGGUCCAGCGGCAAUCUUUGAUCGCUAUGCGAAAAGCGGUUGAGAAAUUCAUCGCUGAUUUCGAUCCAGUGCGUGACAGGUGCCAAGUGCAAGUGAGAAUCGACUCCCUAGACAAAGUGAAUACUGCGUUUGCGGAGGUUCAGGAUACCAUCGAGCGUCUAGAUAGCGAAGAUCUGGAAGAACAUCUUGCCGAAAGAGUAGAGUUCGAGCAUCGGUAUUGUACCGCAAAAGGAUUCCUGCUUUCAAAACUCCCCACCGAAGGUAAUCAAGCGCAACUGAACGCCUCGUUUGCUGCUCCGCCUGUCAACUUCCACCUCCGCUUACCGCAGAUCGACCUCCCACGUUUUAAUGGCGAUUUCUCACGUUGGUUGUCAUUCCGUGAUACAUUUUCGUCCAUGGUUCACUCCAAUGCGGACAUACCAACGGUCGCCAAACUGCAAUACCUUCUGCAGUCUCUGGAAGGGAACGCAAAAAAGCCCUACGAGUCGGUCGAUAUCGAAGCCGACAAUUACGCUUGCACUUGGGACGCACUCCUCAAGCGAUACGACAACCGUCGAUUCCUCAAGCGUCAACUUUUCCGGGCACUCUACGAUUUGCCAGCAGUGAAGCAGGAGUCUGCUAAUCGCAUCCACAGCCUGAUCGACGAUUUUCAGCGCCAUGUGAAGGCCCUGAAGAAGCUGAACGAACCUGUGGAGCACUGGGACACACCGCUGGUGAAUAUUUUGUCGUACAAGCUGGACCCACCCACUUUGCGAGCCUGGGAGGAGAAGACUAGUACGCAGGAUGACGUGAAGUACGAGGAGCUGGUAGAAUUCCUCUAUCAGCGCGUACGAGUGCUGAAUUCAGUAGGCUACGAGCACCAUCAGCAUCCAACGCCGUCGGCAAAGGUGGCCGGAAACAUUCUAAAACCCACCAAAAUCAAGUUCGCAGCCAACACCGCUGCAUCCUCCAAUUCCUCCUCACCAUGUCUACUGUCUUGUUCCGACAAUCACGUCCUACGCAACUGCCCUAUCUUCCUCGGGAAGGAUGUACGCCUUCGCCGAGAAUUCGUCACGUUGAAGCGGUUGUGUUGGAACUGCCUGUGCAGCGGACAUCAGUCGAAGAAGUGUACGUCGAAGUUCUCAUGUCGUACGUGCCACGAAAGACACCAUUCGCUGCUUCACGAUCCUGCUUUAUCCAAGUCGUCAUCGAGUUCAACCGUGUCAUCUACUAUUCCCGUUCAACAACCGUCUCCGUCCACUAGUGUGGGCACCCGGAGCUCCGCUCCUCCCAAUGUCAGCAUGGCAGUCCGAACUGCAUGCAAUACUGUUUUGUUGGAAACGGUUGUCCUCAAUGUCGUUGAUGAUCACGGACACGAGUACCAGGCAAGGGCCUUACUGGACUCGGCUUCAAUGUCCAACUUCAUUUCAAAGCCACUAGCAAAGCUGCUGUUCAAUCCCCGUUCGAAAGUGGACAUAUCCAUAGCAGGGAUCGGCCUCUCCACGCACAGUGUGAAAAGUGCAAUUACCGCCACUAUCCAGUCGAGAACACAGGAGUUUUCGACGAAGCUACAGUUCCUCAUUUUAAAAACUCCUUCGGCACAGUUGCCGACCAUACCACUCAACAUCUCGUCUUGGAACAUUCCCAGGGUUGGUCUCGCCGACCCUCAGUUCCAUAUCCCAGGGAGGAUAGACCUCGUUAUCGGCAGUGAAGCCUUCUGGGAGAUUCAUAGUGGUCGGAAGAUUCCGUUAGGGGACGGACUUCCAUGGUUAACUGAAACACCAUUCGGAUGGGCUGUCGCUGGCACCGCAUCCAGUCAACACAAUUGUAUUCCUCGGAUCUGCAACCUUUCUACGAAAGAUGAUCCGUUAGAAGCUACGCUUCAGAAGUUCUGGGAAAUCGAGGACAUCCCUGACGGACCAGCACUAUCCGUUGAAGAAGAUCGUUGUGAGAAGCACUACGUAGCUACUACCACCCGUGAUCCUUCUGGAAGGUAUAUCGUCGGUCUUCCUCGAACCGACAAUCCCGAUUUGGUCCUAGGAAGCUCAAGGGAUAUCGCAGAUCGCCGUCUUAUGAGUGUCGAGCGGCGUCUCGAACGUGAUCCUGCCACCAAGGACGCAUACCAUCGUUUUAUGGACGAAUACCUCCAGUUAGGGCAUAUGAAGAAGCUUGUCGAUCCGGUAGAUGACGAUCAACCGCACUGCUACAUACCGCACCACGCCGUCUUCAAAGAGUCAAGCACGACUACAAAGGUUAGGGUCGUUUUCGAUGCGUCGUGCAAGACAUCCUCCGGAUAUUCAUUAAACGACACACUCUUGGUUGGACCAGUCGUUCAGGAGGAUCUGCUCUCCAUCGUGCUGCGUUUCCGCAUUCACUGCGUCGCUGUUGUCGCCGACGUGGAGAAAAUGUAUCGGCAGAUGCUCCACCCUCCGGAAGACCGUAAAUUCCUUCGGAUUCGCUUCCGGACUAACUCCAAUGAUCCUAUUUCCACCUAUGAGCUGCAGACGGUGACCUACGGCACCGCGUCUGCUCCAUACCUUGCAACGAGGACUCUGCAGCAGAUUGCACGCGACAAUGGGCGCCAGUUUCCAGCUGCAGUAUAUCCAGUCAUUUACGAUUUCUACGUCGACGACUUCCUUUCGGGCGCUGAUAACGUAGAAUCUGCAAUUGAAGUAAGGCAACAAGUGACAUCGAUGCUGAAGACUGCAGGCUUCCCAAUCAAGAAAUGGGCAUCGAAUGUUCCGGAAGUUCUUCAUGGUGUUCCUUCGGAAGAUUUAGCCGUUCAACCGCUGCAUGAACUUCAGGACGAGCAGGCAGUUUCAACCCUGGGUCUCGUGUGGGAGCCGAGAACCGACGCACUACGGUUCAAAGUCCAACUACCUCCACCGGCCAUAGUCCUGACAAAGCGAAAAGUGAUGUCUUACAUUGCGCAAAUCUUCGAUCCACUUGGUCUUGUGGGUCCUACAAUUGUGGUGGCCAAACUAUUCAUGCAGCGUCUAUGGGCACUGAAGCAUAAUGGGGAGGCCUGUGAGUGGGAUACAGCACUCCCAACCAAGCUACAGGAGGAGUGGAAGGCGUUUCAUAACACUCUACAUUUACUUAGUGAAGUUCGUGUCCCACGAUUUGUUUCGCUUCCAAACGCCGUCAAUCUCCAAUUCCACUUCUUCGCCGACGCCUCUCAAGUAGCUAACGGAUCAUGUUGCUACGUACGAGCAGAAACCAAUGGCGGAGUAUCUGUUCAGCUACUGACGGCAAUAUCAAAGGUCGCGCCAUUAUCCAGUCGACAUUCCAUCGCCCGGCUGGAACUCUGUGCUGCACGACUAUCAACGCAGCUUUUUGAGAAGGUGGUUUUUGCCUUGAAGAUGUCACCACCCGCUUAUUUUUGGACGGACUCCACUACCGUUCUCCAUUGGCUGCGAUCUCCUCCAAGCCGUUGGAAGGCUUUCGUAGCGAACCGAGUGUCACAAAUCCAACACUCGACCGAUGCCAGUCACUGGAAGCACGUAUCCGGUCUCGACAACCCCGCUGACGAUAUUUCACGUGGACUCAGCCCUGUCGACAUGCUACAAUGCAAGCGCUGGUGGAACGGCCCAAUCUGGUUAUCACUCGAUUCAGAUCACUGGCCGAAUCUCAUUCCCACCGACGAAGAAGCAGAGACUAUCACCGAAGAACGCAAUGUGUCAUACGUUACGAUGAGCGUCAUACAGAACGAGUUCCAUGACAAUCUGUUUGCACGUUACUCCAGUUUCUCCAAGCUUCGUCGCGUUACUGCUUUCUGUUUACGAUACCUGCAAUCCUUGCGAGCACGCGCAGUACUGCGUCGAACGGAAGCAGACAGCUACCACCAACUCAGUAUUCGCAAAGAUACCGUUUCUCCAGUCUCCACCGACGAAUUGCAACGUGCUGAACUUCAUCUGUGUCGGCUAGCUCAACAACAGUCGUUUCCUGCAGAGAUCUCGCACCUAUCGAGCGGCGAACCAGUCAUCAAAUCAUCCGCCAUGAAGUGGCUGAAGCCAUACAUCGACGAAGAUCGUAUUAUUCGCGUCGGUGGCCGGCUGCGGAACGCCACACUCUCCGAUUACGUCAAGCAUCCUAUCGUACUCUCUGCGAAACACCCGCUGUCGACUCUGCUGGCUAGUUUCUUUCACUUGAAGCUACUGCACGCAGGGCCGCAACUCCUGCUAGCCACACUGCGCCAGAAGUUUUGGAUUCUUGGCGGCAGAAAUUUGUCCAAAUCCGUUUUCCACCAUUGCCACACUUGCUUUCGUAGCAAGCCCACACUAGUCCAGCAGAGCACAGCAGAUCUUCCGGCAUCGCGAGUCUCUCCAACUCGUCCGUUCUCCGUCUGUGGAGUCGACUACUGUGGACCAUUCCUGUUGAAAGCAACCGUCCGCAAUCGUGCUCCAACCAAGGCUUACGUGUCAAUUUUCGUUUGCUUCGCCACGAGAGCCGUCCACAUCGAGCUUGUUAGCGACCUCACUACAGCUGCUUUCCUGGCAGCCCUCCGUCGUGUGGUUGCUCGAAGAGGAAGAAUCGCCGAGCUGCACUCGGACAAUGCGACAACGUUCAAGGGUGCGUCACACGCACUCAACCGUAUCUACCAGAUGCUGAAGGUAGACAACAACGAUCGGGAUCGGAUCUUCAAUUGGUGUGCGGAGAACGAGAUUCGGUGGAAGUUCAUUCCGCCACGUGCACCGCACUUUGGCGGGCUUUGGGAGGCUGCCGUCAAGUCAGCAAAGAAGCACCUCCUGAAAAUAGUAGGCAACACUAACAUUGCCUAUGAACAGAUGUUGACUCUACUGGCACAGGUCGAAAUGUGCCUCAAUUCCCGUCCGCUGACUCCGAUGCCAAGUGAACCGUCCGAUCUGGAGGUCCUAACUCCAGGACAUUUUCUCGUCGGGGCCAACCUUCAAGCGGUACCCGAUGCUGAUUUUCGAGGGAUUCCUGACAACCGUCUGGAAGUUUACGAUGUGGUUCAGAAGCAUCUUCAGAACAUCUGGGCCCGCUGGUACCCGGAGUACCUUCAACAGCUACAGUCACGGGCAACGAAAGGCUGCAAUCCCCCGGUCACCGUUGAGGAGGGCCGCAUCGUCGUCGUGAAGGAAGACAACAUCCCUCCUGCUAGCUGGCCACUCGGGCGUAUUAUGAAGCUGCACCCGGGCAAAGACGGGGUCGUCCGCGUCGUAACUCUACGCACUGCCCCAGGAAAGGACAUCGUUCGUGCCGUAGCCAAGAUCGCUCUACUGCCGUCACCGGAUCCAAGCAUCUGA